AUGCCCAAGAGCAUGCCUCCCAGGAGCCCCAACCGUCGUUCAAGAGCCACUCCGUACAAAUUCCUACCGCAGGAGCAAAGCCCCAAGAACGACGCCACUAGGUCAGACCACCAGCCUCUCGGGCCGCAUUGCUCAGCAGUAGUAAGAGUGGCGCCGGUUCUAUGCCAUUAUCCCACAUUAGUGUGUGGCUCCGACGGCUGGAAAACUGUGCCCAAGCCAUUCUACGUGUAUCUUCCGCUAUCUCCCCAGGACGCGUUCUUCUGCGAGAAGCUCGGGAUACCCCCUCGCCACAGCAUCGACCUCGACCUCGUGGGACAUCUUCAGGCGACGAGGGCCAUCCCGCAGGUCUCGCUCUGCCAUCUCCUCGGGCUGGCGAUCAAAGGUAGCGCACGCGGUCGCUUGCUUCUCGACGACCUCUGUUUCGAAGUUGCGGAUCACCUCGAGAAGUGGAGAGAUUCUCGGUACAAGACGCUCAACAAGAUAUCGGUCAGUAACUUGUUGGGCAAAUACAACAUGUUCUACAGGAUACCGAGGCCCGCUGAUGUACCUGGCCGAGGGAACUACUGGGCUUUAGACGUUUCUCGUGACGGGCGCAAGGACUAUGUGCCGCGUGCCGCUCGAUUGAAGGCAAACAACCAAAAACUGACAAACGCGCCGAGGGGUGACGGCCAAGCAGCCGACAUCACCACACUCGCGUCAGUGUCAAUCUCUGCUCGUCGCCCUUCGAAUCCUGAAGACAGUCUGGAAACCUUUGUGGGGCUGGACCCAGUGGGAGAUGAUAGUCAAGAAACAGAGGUAACCCCCAGCCCUGAUCCCUUUCAUCCUUAUCAUCCAGUAGGUCUCGGUAUCGGAUCCGGAAGUGAUCAAGCACAUGAUAACGGUAGAGAGCUUUUGGACGUGAUCUUCUCGACUGGGGGAUCUGGAUUUGGUCAUGCUUCCCAUAUUUGA